UGUCAAUUGGUCGACGAACAUCGUGGGGUGUGUUUCAGCUUGUCGCCUGCUCAGCCGAGAGACGCGUCGCAUAACGGCACAGCCACGCAUUCAUUUCAAAUAUAAAAAUAAAUAUAAAUUAUAGUAAUAUACAAGCUGUGUUUAGCUUUCAAAAAAGAUAAUUAAAAGUUAAUUUAAAACAAAUAAAUUAGAGCAGCUGCAAAAUGAGCCAAAUGUUUUUGGCACUCGCUUGUGCACUGCUGACUUUAUUGUGCUGUCACAGUCUGCUGGCAGCCACUGUGCGUCCCUACAAGUUCGGCUUCACCAUCGAGGAGCAACAGCAUCGGUCCGAGAGUCGAGACGAGAAUGGCAUUGUAAUGGGCGAAUUUGGCUUUAUCACCGCCGAUGGCAUCUACCAUGUAACUGUCUAUGCGACUGACGAGAAUGGCAAAUUUCGUAUCAUCUCCAUGAAGAACUUUCCGUAUGCGGGUCCCAAGGCGCCCAAGAGCCCGCCGCCCACGACGAGCACGCAACGCACCCCGACGCCUGUGACCAAGCACAAUUUCCAUACGGUCGCCUGUUCGGGCUGCUUCUUGGGCAACUCCUCGCCAGAAACGAAGAACAACCCUGCGAGUGCUCAAGGCAAUCGCAAUACGAAAAACGAGAUACGUCCGCUCUCGCAGCCGCUGUCCCCGGCGGCAGCCGCUGUGCCAGGUGAGCAGUUCAUAGGUCACACGCACCCACAGACACGCACACAACAGACACACACACAGAGUGGAGUCGUUGGCCAGGCGAUUUCGGAGAAUGCGGAUGCUUUGCAGGAGGCAACCGUAAAUCUGGCCAUUCUAGCUGAACACCCGGAUUCGUUUAGCUCUCAGCUGACACCUGGAGCAGCACCCACGGCUGCCACGCCCACAGAUGCAGCGACCACACUACCUCCGGUGGUGGCCAAUGCGCACACUGUGGCCUUGUCCCAUGCCAUUGCCAAGGUGCAGGGCAUGCUGGUAACGAGCAGGCCCAGCACCUCCGCCUCAGCGCCGCUGCCACAGCAUCUGCUGCCAGAGAUCAUUCUCAGCUCCGCUGUAGAGCAAGUUCAGAAGCUGGCAAGGAUUCCGCCUGCUGCGACGGGGCCAAAGGACUUGGCCAAUUUUGCCUUUGGGUCACAGCCAGGAAUUAGCCAGCAGCACCGCCUCAAUGAGAACGUGGUGAAGUCCGUGAAACAGUUAGUGCUGCCAAUAGCCCAUAAAACAGUGGAGCGCCUGACCAAGAUUCCGCCUGCC